UACUCAAAGUUACUAACAAAAAUGGCUAUCCGUGUGACAAGAAUUAUAUAUGCUAAGUGGAUUCUUGGUCAUUCUAAACUAUUUGAAAAUCAAGCAGCCUCGAACUCAACGGAUGUUCCCAAAGGAUACAUUGCAGUGUAUGUUGGUGAGAGCCAAAAGAAAAGAUUCAUAGUUCCAAUCACAUUCUUAAAUCGGUCUUCAUUUCAAAAGUUGCUAAGCAUAGCUAAUGAAGAAUUUGGAUUCAAUCAUCCAAUGGGUGGUCUCACAAUUACUUGUAGUGAAGUAGUUUUUGUUGAUCUCACAUAA